CCAACUAUAUAUACAACCCGGGAGAUUCCUGGCCUACAUUCCAUACCCAUCGACCUUAAUUAAUAUACUUUCUCAACCCACCGUGUCGCGAAAGAUCACACGAAAAGGAGCUAGAUCGAGCUCGCUAGCGAAAGAAAGGAGAAAGGAAGUAGAGAGCUAGUCCGCAAGGCCUUCUGAUGGGGAACUGCGCAGCGCAGUCGCGGCACGCCGGGGAGUCGUGGGCGGACGACGGCGAGUGGGAGUGGGAGGAGGCGUCGUCAUCGUCGUCCGACCAACACCGCCGAGCGUCGGAGGAGGAGCACACAGAGGUGACGAUCAGGAUCACCAAGAGGCAGCUGCACGAGCUGAUGGAGAGGAAGGCGUCCGGCAGCGGCGGCGGGAAGACACGGCAGCUGCUGGAGGACAUCAUGAACUCGGGGAAGGUGCACCACCAUGACCUGCACAGGGACGAGCACUGGAGGCCCGCCCUGCAGAGCAUCCCGGAGGCCGGCGAGUCGUCGUCAGCUGGUCCAUGCAUCUCGUGACCAAAAACUGCUGUGGAUGGCUGCGCUGCCAAGCUAUCUGCGUGUAUUUCCUCCGUGUAUUUCCAUGCCGUUGAAUGUAAUCCAUGAAGACCCGUGUACAUAGAAUGCGGUUGGACAAUACGUAUAGAUUGCCAGGCUGACGUACAUGAAUACGUACGUGUAGGGGAUUAAGUGUGAAUACCAAUUUCAUAAAAAAAAAUCCAUUGAAUUGUCA